GACUCAACAACCUUUUUCACACCUAAAUCGCCGUUUUCGACAACCCCAGCCUUAGUGGAUGAUCUGAAGAGGAUCGAAGUCUAUCUAUUUACGUUGUGCAAGCUUCUGAUCUUGAUCAAAUCAAUUAUUACACUAAAUUGAUGAAAUGAACUAAUUUGCGACCGUAUAUAAUCUUUCUAUUUACAAGUUGCGCAUUUUUAAUCUCACAAUUUGAACAUCCCACGUCGCCGACUCCAAGCUCAUUAAUUCCGCACAUGCCAUUAAACUUUCCUUUUAACAAUUUCUUUAAUAACGUCUAUAACAUGGCCGGCAAUCCUCGCCUUAGUGGCUUUCUCCAGCAAGAAUCUAAUCCGCCACUCCCACCAUCGCCAUCCCCUCAGCCACUUCACCAACGUACAGAUCGUCAAGCCAUGGCACAGAAGCUGAGAAUACUUCCCAAGAAGCAACGAGAUGUAUCUGCCAAUAUGAAUCGAGCUCACAAUCAGGAACCCGUCUAUGAACAGCCAGCUGAACCUCCGCUCAGAAAUUCAGUACCUGGAACAAACCAAAUGCAGACAGAAUACGAACCAGAGGAAGAGCAAGAAAAUGCCGAGAAUUUCGAGGACUCUACAGUAAACAGCACCUUUGAUGAAACUGUGAGCCAGGAAAACUUCAGAGGUGGGCAGGUCAUGGUAGCAGUGCCUACUGGUGGCAAUCGCGAAUUUGAUGGCGGAUAUCACAGAGGACAACAGCAGGAGCUAGAACGAGAUAACUUUCGCGUUCCACAUGAGAAUGGCUACGAUAGGGAUUCACCAGAGGAGUCCGUAUUUGAGCAAGAAUACAUUGAAGAUGCACGAGCACCCCUUCAAAUGCGCAAGACAUUUCAUCAGCCCAAUGGUCAAGGACCACAGACGCAAGCUCUUGGAGCCCCCAUUUACAAGCAAAGUCAGACCCCCAAACCUGCCAUUCAAUCAGAAAUAUCCCAACAACCUCAAAAACCGCAACAUAACAGCCCAAGCAAACCAAAGACGUUUGAUCGUUUCAACCACGCCAUUACAAAUCGUCCUAGGAAUGGAUUGCAAACAAUUGCGGGUUCUCGAAAAAGAGGUCUUGACGAAGGGGUAUUUUCGCCAAAGCCCAAAGGUGGAAAAGCUCAAGUUGAAGUUCUGGAAAAUGCUAUACUUCCCACAAAUAUGCAGUAUCAUCUUCCACCACCACCUCAAGAUACGCAGCAGGGUCAGUCUGAUGGAUCUUCUGAAGGUGAGCAGUAUUUUGAAGAUAGUACCCAGAUGGAAGAACAGCCAGCCCUUCAAUCUCGACCGAAUUUUCAUGUAGGAAACUCGCAACAUCAUAUUGGUCAUUUGAAGCGUGCUGAUAUCCCACUUGAUUAUGAUGAUGCCGCUUUGAGAAACAUGGAUUAUGAACAACUUAGAAAUGAAUCUUUUGAAGGCCCUCCGACUCCUAGCCAGCAGCCCAGCGAACCAGACCUGUCACUUUCAGAUCGCCCUAUCAAUGAACGUGUCAGCCACCUUGUUGAACAACAUCGACCAAGCAAUCAAGAAGAGAUGGAAAGGCAGCGCGAAGCUAUGGCCGAAUUCUUUGGUGGUUUGUCCAAAGACGAUUGGGAAGAAGCAGGCGAUUGGUUUUUAUCAAGGUUUUCGAGUACUUUAGAAGCAUUGAAGAAAGCUAGGAAAGAAAAAAGAGCUAUGGUUGCAAAGUUCGAGGAGGAAAUUGAGCAAAGAGAAAAGGAUGUCAGGGGAUGUUUGAGGACUUACAAUCAAGACAUGGAACGUAUGAAGAGGGGUGCUAAGGGAGUUAUUGAAGGGAAUAAUGUAUGAAUGAAUGGGUUUGUUAUGAUGGCUAGUUGUGCCGCUAAUGAUUUGUGGACAAAAUCCGGGGUAUAUGGAGCGCACAUUAUUCUUGUCUGGAAAACGCAAGGGUACAUAGGCAAUAUGUUGCUUAUACAUAGCUAACAGGUCAUCUUAAUAUGCGACGGGACAUUUGGCAUGGAUAUAAACGCGCUGGAUUUUGUGGUCUGGGAACGGAAUGGAAUGGAAAGAAAAGGAACGACUAGAUGAGUCUUGUACUUUGUUUGCAUUUGGCAGGGAGUUCUAUGCUAGCUAUUAUGAGAUACCCAUUUGCUUCUUUUUGAUUAAUGGAAAUGUUAACAUGCAAUGUGUUACACUUUUAUGUACUUGCGGAGAUGAUGAGGCAAUGCUUAAUUUUGACUGGAAUUUAAAUCGUUCUAAGACUACA